GUUGUUAAUGUCGUUAGUUUGAAAAUACCGUUCCUGAUAUUAAAAAAACGGAGUCUUUGUCUGAGCUCUCCUCAGUUAUUGAGUACUUGUGGUGUGCUGGUGAAUAAUAAUUAGUGCGUUCUCAAUAAUGACAUGUUGUACGUCAUUAAGGAUUUGGUUAUAGUAAUGGUAAACCCGCCGGUUAUAACAUCUUCUACGUAAUGAUUGUGGAUUUUUUUUCCCGUAAUCCUUUUAAGAGAUAAUAUAGUAAGCAUUUGUGCCUCUAUUAGUUGGCAUUUGAAAAUUCGUAUAAUAAAGAUUAAUUAAUAACGCAUUCGUUUGAUCGAUUAAUAAGCUUUCUAAUAUCGAUUAGUAAGUAUUGAAAGAUUAAUGAAUAUCAUGAUUGUGAGGUCAUUAAUAAGAUUAGGGAUGACCAAUUGAUGAGUUUUCUUUCUCCGAAUCUUUGAUUCCUCCCAUUUUGAUUGGCUGUGUAAAACCAAACGCAGUCGUUGAGAAAGAGGACGAAAUGUCCUUUGGGCCUUGGGUCCUGCUCUUGUUUAAAGGCCUUCAUUGAUGGGUCGGCCCGCUAAGCCUAUGAAGCCCAUUGUCAGCAAUGUCUUGCGACUUAAGAGAGCCGAAACGCCUGACACUCCACCCUGCAGCUUGAGCUUCAAAAAUUGCAAGAAAAACUUCCUCACAGAAAACCAAAAUAGAGUGGCAGAAAAAUGGCGGCAGAGUCUUCCUCGGCAGCGGCGAUGGCGGAGGAGCUGACGCUAACCGUGAAGUGGAGUGGCAAGGAGUACACUGUCCGCGUCUGCGGAGACGACUCGGUGGCCGAGUUGAAGCGGCGAAUCUGCGAAGUCACGAAUGUACUGCCCAAGAGACAGAAGCUCUUGUACCCUAAAAUCGGCAACAAGCUCGCCGACGACACCGUUCUCCUCUCCCAGCUUCCCCUUAAGUCUUCGCUCAAGAUGACGAUGAUCGGAACGGUUGAGGAUGACAUAAUUGUUGACCCAGUGGAUGACCCGGAGAUUGUUGACGAUUUUGAGCUUGGGCAAGAUGAAGCCGUCGAGAUUAAGGACAAGGAAGUUAAUAAGAUGAAGUUGAAGAGGCGCACAGACCAAUACAAGAUCAAGCUUCGUAAUCCAUGUCGUGAGGGAAAGAAGUUGCUCGUGCUGGAUAUUGACUACACCCUUUUUGAUCAUCGAUCAACAGCGGAGAACCCUAUGCAACUAAUGCGCCCUUAUCUUCAUGAAUUCCUUACAGCAGCUUAUACAGAAUAUGAUAUAAUGAUAUGGUCGGCAACUAGCAUGAAGUGGGUUGAACUGAAGAUGGGAGAGCUUGGAGUACUAAGCAAUCCCAAUUACAAAAUUACUGCUCUCCUGGACCAUUUAGCAAUGAUUACAGUGCAAUCUGAUGCUCGUGGGAUCUUUGACUGCAAGCCUCUUGGACUAAUAUGGGCUCAUUUCCCUGAGUUUUACAGCAAGAAGAACACCAUCAUGUUCGAUGAUCUACGACGGAAUUUUGUGAUGAACCCAAAAAAUGGGUUGACAAUUAAGCCCUUCAGGAAGGCUCAUGCCAAUCGAGAUAGUGACCAAGAGCUCGUGAAGCUAACGGAGUACCUUCUUGCUAUUGCUGAACUAGAUGAUAUAAGCAAACUGGAUCACUCCAAGUGGAAGUACUAUGCAGAGGAUGGCUCGAAAAGGCGGAGACAUGCGUAAGUUGCACUAAUAGGCUCCGAAUAUCCUUUUGUGCUGCUUCCGUCCAGCACUUUCUGUGGUUAUGUGUUCUUGCUCAAGGCACCACACUCACAACAAGGAUCACCUCAAAUGGAAAUACUGAUUUCGUUCCGCUCCAGCAACUAUGGUGAUAACGAUGUGUACCUUCAGCAUGCCUCUCAUUUAGCACCCGGGUAAAUUUAUCUCGAGGAUGAAGAACCUUUGAUUCUGCUGCUGUAUCCUUUAUUUAAACCACACUUCCUAUUACCAGUAGGUUCAAACUAUUGGCAUUAUGAGCUUGUAUGCACGAUUUCAUUUACAUAUGCGCAUGCAAGACUAUCUAUUCACUGAGGUCCUAGCCUCCUAUGUGCUAUUCUUCUUCUUCUGAUGUUUUGUUUUUAAAUUUUGACAGUGUAAGUCGGUAGAAGAUGGUUAUUCGUAAUAAUAAUUCGUGGAUGGAAAUAAAAACUUUGGACGAUUAAUUAGCUGUAAUUUUAGCUGGCAACCGAUUUUUCUUCCUUAAGAAAUGCAGCAGAAUAGA